UGGUGCCUGCGAGCUCUUCUUCCAAUCUCUGUCGUCAGCAAAGGCGAGCUACCGAGUCAAACCUUUUCACCUUCUGCCGUGCACACGUAAAUAUUGCUCGUCACACGACGCAUGGAGUCAGCAAUGGAGGAUUAUUUCAUUUUAAACGCGACCCUUUCGAGCUAGGAGACGAAGCCUCGUCGUGUCACUUUUGAAGCGUUUUCUAGCCUUUUCUUCUUCGCUUUUUACUCAUCAAACUUCUUUUUUUACAGCACCAGUCCGUGACCUUCACGUCCUACAACAUUACGGAAUCUUAAACUCCACUUUUUUUUUGCCUUUUCUUUGAUGCGUUGCAAAUAUGAUGACGUCACCGACGCCACUUUUUCCUCAACUUAUGGCGGAACACAACUUUGAAUUGUUUUGACCAUCGAGAGCACUUGGCUUUACUAAUGGAGCACCUCCAGGGAGCGUGGAAGACCCUGAGCAACGGCUUUGGAAUGAAGGACUCUGCUUUCGAAGGUCCGUGCCUUUCACCGACUAUGGUCCAGGGAUUUUCCUGCCAGCGGCGCUCCUCAGAUGACAGCAAGAUACCCGACUCAAAGGCUAGCAGCACCAUCCGAGUCUACCUCCCAAACCAUCAGCGCACUGUGGUAAAUGUACGGCCAGGUAUGACUCUGCAGAGCUGCCUGAUUAAAGCCUUGAUGGUGCGAGGCCUGCAACCUCAGUGUUGUGCAGUUUUCCGGCUGCAUCCUGGGCAGAGGAGCAAAAAGCUACGGAUGGAUUGGAAUACCGACUCCAACUCCCUGAUCGGGGAAGAGUUGUUGGUCGAGGUUUUGGACCACGUUCCUCUGACCACGCAUAAUUUUGUGCGGAAGACAUAUCUAAAGCUAGCGUUCUGUGACAUUUGCCAGAAGUUUCUUUUGAACGGUUUUCGUUGCCAAACGUGCGGCUACAAGUUCCAUGAGCACUGCAGCACCAAAGUACCCACCAUGUGCGUGGACUGGAGUAAUAUUCGACAACUCCUUUUGUACCCAACCCCUGGCGAGAGUGGCGCCCCGUCACUGCCCCCGCUGACGUCUCGGAGGAUGAGAGAAUCUCUAACUCGCUUUCCAAGCUCCGCCCACAGGUAUUCGACGCCCCACCCCUUCAACUAUGCCACGCCCUAUUCGCCCACGGGUGGCGGUCUGUCCCAAAGGCAGCGCUCCUCUUCCACGCCAAAUGUGCACGUGGUCAGUACCACCCUGCCUGUGGACAGCAGUGUUAUCGAGGAUGCAAUGCGGGAUCACAGCUCGGCGGGGAGUUCCCCCGACCACAGUCCCACAGGCUGGGCCCAGAGCAAAGCACCUGCGCCCGCUCAGCGCCAGCGGGACACCUCCUUCAACUCUCAGGACAAGAACAAAAUUAGGCCUCGGGACAAGCGUGACUCCAGUUACUACUGGGAGAUCGAAGCCAGUGAGGUGUAUCUGCACUCCCGCAUUGGUUCUGGCUCCUUUGGGACCGUUUACAAAGGGAAAUGGCACGGCGACGUCGCCGUGAAGAUUCUGAAGGUGACCAAUCCCACGCCAGAGCAGUUCCAGGCAUUUAGAAAUGAAGUAGCGGUGCUAAGGAAGACGCGCCAUGUCAACAUCCUGCUGUUCAUGGGCUACAUGACCAAGGACAACCUGGCCAUCGUCACCCAGUGGUGUGAAGGCAGCAGCCUCUACAAGCACAUCCAUGUCCUGGAGACCAACUUCAAGAUGAUCCAGCUCAUAGACAUCUCCAGGCAGACGGCACAGGGCAUGGACUAUCUGCACGCCAAGAACAUCAUCCAUCGCGACAUGAAGUCCAACAACAUAUUCCUGCAUGAAGGGCUGACAGUGAAGAUUGGGGACUUUGGUCUCGCCACAGUGAAGGCCAGGUGGAGCGGCUCACAUCAGGUGGAGCAGCCUUCAGGAUCCAUUCUGUGGAUGGCCCCUGAAGUCAUCCGCAUGCAGGACAACAACCCUUACAGCUUCCAGUCCGACGUCUACUCCUAUGGAGUUGUCCUCUUCGAGCUGAUGACCGGAGAGCUGCCGUACUCGCUGAUAGCCACCAGAGAUCAGAUCAUCUUCAUGGUGGGUCGAGGCUACCUGACCCCGGACCUCAGCAAACUGUACAAGAACUGUCCCAAAGCCAUGAAGAGGUUGGUGGCCGACUGCAUCAAGAAGUCCAAGGACGACAGGCCUCUCUUCCCACAGAUCCUGUCCUCCAUCGAGCUCCUCCAGCACGCCCUGCCCAAGAUCAACCACAGCGCGUCCGAACCCUCGCUGCACCGGGCGGCGCACAGCGAGGACAUCCACGCCUGCACACUCACCUCCAGCAGGUUGCCCGUCUUUUAGGGGGCCGCCCCUUCUGAUGGAACCAAAGAACGAGGAGAGGUGGAGGCGGAGCCUGCCCGUGUAGCGAUCCAAGCGCACAUUUAGCCAACGUGAAGGAACGCGACACAAGUUAGUUUUGUGUGGAAGUCAGCAGAUGAUAUCUUCUGCUCUUGUCUUAAGAACCAAGAUGAACUUGCACAUUUUGCCAACGUCUCAAAUGUCCACACUAGAACAUUAUUGUCUUAAAUAUUUAACGUUUUUCAUUCUUGAUCAGGUCAAACGUCACUAUUUGAAUAAAAUUCACUUCAUUCUUUGCCAA